AUGUUAGCCUUCCGAAACGGCCAAUUGGCACACAAAAUCAAGCACUUCCACGAGGUAUAUGGCGAAACCGUUCGCGUGGCCCCCAACGAGGUCUCUUUCAUCCACUCCGACAGCGUCAAGGACAUCUACCAGCGUCGACCCACCGGCGGGGAGUUCAAAUCGCUCCCCAAAGACCCCAUCCGCCAGCCGCCGCCACGACCAGGCCAACCGAUCAGCAUCCUCGAAGCCACAGAUGUAGACCACACGCGACUUCGCAAGGUCUACGCGGCUGCGUUCAGCACCCAAGCCCUAACGUCUCAAGAGCCCCUCGUAAUUGAAUAUGUUGACAAGAUGAUCACGCAGCUUCAAUCCCAGACUGAAGACGCCACAAUCGACCUCCAGAAGUGGAUCAGCUUCUGCACCUUUGACAUCAUCUGCGCUCUCAGCUUUGGCGAAGACUUCGGCUGCCUCGAGCAUCAGCGGUACCACGCAUGGGUGGGCCAGCUCGUCUUCUCGCUCAAGGCCAAAGUCCAGCUCGCCUCCUGCCGCUUCUACCCCUGGCUGUUCAACUAUCUCGUCAAGCGGCUGCCCAAGUCCGCUGGCGCCCUGAUGGCGCAGCACCAAGCCACGACCCGCGAGAAAGUGCAACGGCGGUUACAGCAACUGCAGGGCAAGGACGCAAAGCCCGGCGCGACCGUGCAGACACCAGAUUUCCUAGCCCACCUCAUGGUGGUCAACGCCGCUACUCUUAUCGUCGCGGGAAGUCAUACGCUGCAGACGGCCAUCACGGGCAUUCUGUUCCACCUGCUGCAGAACCCGACCGUGUUGGAUCGCGUGACAAGCGAAGUGCGCGGUGCGUUCGCGUCGGCGGAUCAAAUGAACGUCCAGACGCUGCUGAGGCUGCCUAUCCUCGACGCGGCCAUCAAGGAGGGUGUCCGACUCACGUCGCCCGUGCCGCUCGGGUUGACCCGUCUUGUUGCCGAGGGUGGCCAUACCAUUGCGGGCGACUUCUUCCCGGAGUGGACAGUCGUCGCCUACAUGCAAUGGGCCGCCAACAUCUCCCCGCACAACUACGCCGACCCUACGAGCUUCCACCUCGAGCGCUGGCUGCGGCCGGAAGGUAAAUUCGAGAAGGACCGUCGACGCGCGACGCAGCCAUUUCUCCAGGGCCCGCGGGAUUGUAUCGGACAGAGCCUGGCCCGUAUGGAGAUUGUACUCAUUCUGGGGAAACUGUUGUAUUGUUUCGAUCUGCAGGCGGAGGGUAAUCUCGGUCGGUGGGAGGAUCAGGAGACAUACGCGGUUUGGGUCAAAGCGCCGCUGCCGGUAAAGUUGAGGGUGCGGAGGGCCUGGAUUAAAGGGUAA